CUUGAAGCAUUGCUGUAUCAUUCUGCACGGUUUGCUUAAAAAUCACAUAGGGUUUUCUUUUUUUCUGGUGCUGACAUCUAAGAUUCUCCCCGUAUUAGUCGGACGCAAAGAAGACAAAAGACAUGGUGGAGGAGAGGAUGGGAGACUGUUGGAGCCACACCAAGGAUCAGUUUGAUAACUUGGAGAAGCACACGCAGUGGGGGAUCGAGUUUGUGGAGAAGUACAACAAAUUUGUGAAGGAGCGAUCGGAGAUCGAAAUCAACUAUGCAAAACAAAUUAGGAAUCUUUCAAAGAAAUAUCAACCCAAGAAGAACUCAAGGGAAGAAGAAGAGAGCAAGUACACCUUCUGUCGAGCCUUCUUCACGACCCUUAAUGAGCUGAAUGACUAUGCAGGUCAGCACGAGGUCAUAGCGGAGAACUUGACCUCCCAAAUCUUCAUUGAGCUUACGCGCUACCUGCAGGAGCUCAAGGCUGAGAGAAAAACGCAUUUCCAUGAUGGACGCAAAGCACAGCAGUACAUUGAAAGCUCGUGGAAGCAGCUGGAAUCGUGUAAAAGAAGGUUUGAGAGGGACUGCAAAGAGGCAGACAGAGCACAGCAAUACUUUGAGAAGAUGGAUGCUGACAUUAACGUGACUAAAGCUGAUGUGGAAAAGCGAGGCUUGAACAAGGCACGACAGCAAGCUCAAAUGAGGCACCAGAUGGCUUCUGACAGCAAGGGCGAUUACUCGUCCUACCUGCAAAAGUUCAACCAGGAGCAGAACGAUCAUUACCACACAAUAAUUCCCAACAUAUUUCAGAAACUUCAAGACAUGGAGGAGAAAAGGAUCGAGAGAGUAGGAGCGUGCAUGAAGACGUUCGCAGAGGUGGACCGCCAAGUGCUGCCCAUCGUGGGGAAGUGUUUAGACGGCAUGACUACAGCCGCCGAGUCCAUCGAGCCCAAGACUGAUUCUCAGCAGGUGGUGGAGUCCUUCAAGUCUGGCUUUGAGCCCCCGAGCGACGUGGAGUUUGAAGACUACGGUCAGGCCAUGAAGAGGACGGUGUCCGAGAACAGCCUGUCCAACUCCAAAGAGAGCAAAGAGAAGCCUGCCGGCAAGAGCAAGCCCAAACUGUGGCCUUUCAUUAAGAACAAGAACAAGCUUAUGUCCCUGUUAACGUCCCCCCGUCAGCCCCCACCUGCCCCCCCAGCCUCAUCCCUGCCCUCACCCUCUGCUGUUCCCAACGACCCCCAGUCUCCCAAGCAGCACAAGGAGCCCCUCUCCCAUCGCCUCAACGACUUCAUGGCCUCCAAACCCAAAAUGCACUGCCUCCGGAGCCUGAGGCGAGGGCAGCAGUCCCCACGCUCGCUCAUUUAUCACAAAGAGCUCAUGAAGAGGACUCUGGGUCAACCCACAUAUGCUUUCGAAGCAAGGCAAUAUAUUCUUUCUCUCAAGCUGAUCACACUCAAUUCCCACGUCCGGAGUCUCAUUGAGGGAUCUGGACCAGAGGAUUUCAGUCAUCUGCCACCAGAGCAAAGGAGGAAGAAGCUGCAGGGCAAGAUUGAUGACCUCAAUAAAGAUAUUCACAAAGAGAUGGACCAGAGGGAUGCACUGACCAAAAUGAAAGACGUGUACAUAAAGAACCCCCAGAUGGGCGACCCGGCCAGCGUCGACCCCCGGCUGACGGAAAUAGGCCAGAACAUCGAGAAGCUGCAGUCUGAAGUGCAGAAGUUUGAGGGGUGGUUAGCGGAAGUAGAGGAGAGGAUGCCUUCGAAGAGCGACUCGCACCGUAGAAGCGGACUUUACGAGACUCAGAGCAGCGUAGCAGUGAGCAACAACUGUGCACAAGACAGAGAGAGGCCCCUGAGCAGCCCGGAUGGCAGCUACACAGAGGAGCAGAAUACAGAAACUCAGGUCAAAGCCAACAUCAACCCCAACCCCACCCCCAACCCCAAUCCCAUCCCCACCACCAUGCCGGACGACGAGGAAUUCGACGACGACGACGAGCCGCUGGCCACCAUCGGCACCUGCAAAGCGUUGUACCCUUUCGAAGGUCAUAACGAAGGCACCAUCGCCGUGGCCGAGGGCGAACUUCUGUACGUCAUAGAAGAAGACAAAGGAGACGGCUGGACGCGGGUUCGGAGGAACCAGGAUGAAGAAGGAUACGUCCCAACGUCCUACAUUGAGGUCAAUCUGGAACCGAAUGCCAAAGGCCAGUGGUAAAGGAAUAAAGGAAAAAGAGAUCAGACGCUCUCAGCUCUAUGGUGAGACUGAGCUGAGGUUGCGACUUUUUAAAGCUCUGUGGUGUCUUGCAUGGGUCCUCUAGCAACACCUUCUGUCAUUCCACUUCACUGCCACAUAAUAUUUCGCGCAACAUAACAGACUGACUCCUUCUCAGAUUGAUGCAAAGGCCUCAGUUUUGCUUUCACAGGGUUUGUUAUAGCAUUUUUUUUUUACCAGAGAGUUUUUGAAGAGUGUUGCAUGCUGCAGCAUCUGUGAGUGUUUUGUCAUGACUUGGAGUUGGCAUGUUGUGACAAAGUGCGAUGGCUGCUUACUAGCGUAACCUCACGUCAGACAAAAGCUAAAUAAGGUGAUGAUUGUAGCUUUAUGGACAUGUCUUUGGUCGAUCUACAGAUAUUCAGUGCCUUGUUCAAAAUCAAGUCAUACUUUUUCAUCCUGUUUCGCAUUUUAUCACGUUAUCACCAGGGAAUUUAAACCUUAAACACAAAGUAGUGAAAAAAUGGAAAGUGGAAGGAAAAUGAUGGUUUACAAAAUUGCUUUUGCAUUUAUAUCCAACCUCCCUUGACAACACUUGAGGCACGUCUUUUGCAGUCAGUUUGGAUCAUUUUGGGGACUAGUCUAGUAACGUUUUUAGGUAGUCUCCUCUGUCAAAUAGCUCAGUUUCAAGCAGAUCAAGGGUCACUGCCAUUUUUAGAUUGUAGAGUGAGUUUGGGACUUUUUUUCAGUCUAAUUCGAGUUAAAACUGUGUAACUUUAGUUUUAGUUUUUAGUCCACCCAGUGCGCUGUCUGAUCUUCCUGGUUCUUUUUCUUUAUCAAUGUUAUCCAAAAAUCCUUUCAUUUAAGGUAACAGUUUAAAGGGGGAUGAACGUAAAUGGAUGCCACCCACAAUUUUUUAUCUUAACAUUUUUUUCAUCCAGUUCACAAAAUCUGCAUAUUAAUAAAAUAUAUUACACUUUGUGGUGGUAAAAUGGUAAAAUGUGGAAAAGCUGAAUGGGUAUGAAUAAUUUUGCAACGCACCACACCUUAUAACUCACUAUUAUUACUUUUAGCAGUUUCACAUAUACCACAACGCCUCUUCUAUCCAUAUUUAAAUAUUUGGGAUCUUCGAGUUUUUCCUUUAAGACUAACUUUCUUCUUUUUUUUGUCGUCUUUUUUUUUGUUUGUUUCUUUGUUUGUUUGUGUGUAUUCUCCUUUCAAAUUGCAGAUUCCUAAAAGUGAGAGGCUGGCAGAGGAAUGGCAGGGCAAGCAGCCGCGGACAAAACCACGGUGUGAAAAAGUGAAAGAUGGGCUCAAUCUUUAAAGAACAAAAAUAUCUGAGAAAGAGAGAGCGAUGGAUGAUAAGAAUGCCGCUGAAAUUCACAACACAAACAUUUUGACAAAAACAUCUUUUUUUUUUAUUAUCGGCAGCGUCGAGCUUCCUCAGCUGAACAAAAGAGAUCGGUUUUAGCUCUCAUAACAUUUUCUAUUUUAACUCCCCCCUACCACGACUCAGACGACAGUACACAAUUUGAUCCUUGUUUUACAGCAGAGCUUUGCUUCUUAAUGUCACUAACUCUGCUUGCGGCCAUGAAGAGGCUUUUUUUUGGCAUCCUCGCUCCUAACGCCCCUCGCUGCCCCUUGCCUGGCUCUUUUUUUUCUCUUUCUCUCUCUCUCUCUCUCUUCUGCCUAAUUUCUUGUGACGCUCACAAAUACGGGAAAGCGUGUGGUCAGAAACAGGACGGAAGAGCAGCAGGAGCCCGAAGCGGAACGUUAAAACACAGCCACACGAAGCCGUAAAGUUCCUAAAACAACUCAUCCCAGUCUCAUCGCCUUCACCCUUCACUCCUUAAAAACGUCUUCUUUUUUUUUUUUUUAAAUUCAACCACUCAUUUUGCAGGUUUCAUCCAAGCAGAAACAGGAGGUGCUGAUCACCUUUUUUUUUUUUUUUGUAUUUCUGCUUUCUUUCUUUGUUUUUGUGUCAAACCACGUUCAGGUUCCUGGGAUCGGCUGGAGGCCCGUCACUCUCACCCACAGUACUCAUGUCUCGUCACUUCUGUGUCUGUUCCUCUCUCUGACCACACCCUUUCGUUCCCACUCUCCUUCCUGCCCCCCACUACCCUCAAUCAGGCAGCUCAGACUACCUGUCUCACAGCUGCUUCGAGCCUCCCCCGUCUCACUUUUUUUUUUUAUGUUAUUUUUAUAAUUUGCCAAGGCUCGGGGCGUGUGGUGUGGUGCGGUGCAUGCUUGCCCUGUCUUCCUCCUCGCCCCCCUCUGCUGGCGGCUCGGAGAGGCGGCUUACGCCCCCACCCACCCACUCCGUCCUGCUGCCACUGCCUCGAGCCUUUCUGUUCAGUUUAACCCUCAUUGCCUGGUCACACUGUUUAAAUUAACCUGAAUGCUACUGUUUGGGUUCAGUGCCUGUGGUUUUUCUAAAACGUUUCUUUUUAUAUAUAUAUUUAUGUACAUUUCCUUUUUGUUUGUUCAAAAAGCAUGUUUUCCUUGUUUUUAACCGCAAAUAUGUGAUCUUUCCCGCCUCCUUCUCCCAGUGCUCCAAAGUGUAAUCACAGAUGAGGACGUUAGGGAGCCAUAAUGUUGUUUUCUGACUGAUCUUACACAUAGAUAGGUUACGUCUUGUGAGUUUCUGUCUUUUUCUAUUUGUUUGUAAAAACGUAAUGCGACUUGUGGCUAGUUUACAGUCCAAUACCCUGUGGGAAAUGUCUCUGCUUGGUUUAGGCAACUUAGAAAAAAAAAAUAAUAAAUCCCCGCUUCUACUGUAUACGAAGAUGUACUGUGAUGAACAUUUUCUUGAGACUGAAGUGUGACAACAUACAGAUCAUCACCUGAAUUGAGCCUUAACCGGGUGGGACGAAAAAGAUGUAGUUGGAUUUGUUUAAUACGAUGAAAGUGUCUGUAGGCAUGGGCCGGAUUACUGGUGUCAAGGGAUGCCGUGGUUUUUGAAAUCUGUAAACAUUUAGCAAUAUUUCAAUGGUUUAAACUCCUUUUAAAGACUGAGGUGGCUGAAGUUUUCUCCAAAUAUGACGAGCAUCUCUUCUUCACCAUAUCCUCCAGGCUGUCGCUCAUCUGACUGGGAGAAUUUUACUGCUGUUUUUCUCAUACUUGUCAAGUAGAUUCGGUUCGAAUGGGGACAAAAAUUGGAACAUUUGUUAAAUUUUCUGCUGGUGCAGUUCGCCUUCACACUGCACUGUCGAAAGAAGCAAACCUGUUUACCUCCUCACCUUUGGUGGUGCUGCAUCACGAGUCACUGAAGGAAAUUACACGAAAACUUCUGAAGACGUGAGCGUCACAAAACAAAACCUCCUUCACAAAAUGUAAAUAAAAAUGGAAUGGCGUCAUAUUUUAGUGGUUGAAGUUCAUUUCUGUUUUUGCUAAAAGACCAAAAGCCAUUUCUCCCGCUAUCGCUAGGCUUGUGCAUUUGUUUUGGUUGUUUUUAGUACAUGUGCAUUGGGGUCAAGAAUGUGGUAUUCUCAGUGUUCUGCUGGUUUAGGACUGGGUACGUUACUUUUGCCGUUAGAUCAGGAUCGUUUAUUCAUAUUUGCAGGUUAGCUGACCCCCCAAAUUUCUGAGAGCCUAACCAAGUGGCCGUAGAAGUAUUUUCUGAAUUCAUUUCACUUUUUUAAGCACUCGACAUGGCGAGGUGAUUCUUUAGCUGCGUCACACGUGGGAUAUGCAAAACACACAAGAGCUCCGUUGUGUUUUCAGUGUCAAAUACACAGUAAGGUAUAUUUUACUCCACUGAAAUAAAAGCUCAUUAGGAAGACACAAGAGCACAAAAGAGUUUUUUAUAAAAGCAAUUAGAUCAUGCCAUACAUUUUGGUUACAUCCUAUCAGAAACUCAGACCGACCCAUGCCUAACUCUCAGACUGGAAGAC